AUGGACCCCAAGGCGGGUGGCGGCGAGGAUGACGACUGUGUGGACUCGGGAGCCGAGACCGGAGGGUCUGACUACAGCCACAUAUCCUCCACCAGCAGUGAGCUCUCCGUGGAGGAGGCACAGGACCCUUUCCUGGUUAGCAUCCACAUCAUCGCAGACCCCGGCGAGUCCCAGCCCCUGCAAGAGGCCAUCGACGGGGUCUUGGCUUGGAUCCACCCAGACCUGCAGCUGUUCCGGGUCUCGGAAAGGCGGGCUCCCCGGCAGCGGCGGCGGAGGGCCCCGAAGGCGAAGGCGGCGCAGCCCGCCCUGGCGGUGGUGCUCUUCCUGCAGGAGGACGAGCCGGUGCUGCGGCUGCACCGCGCGCUGCAGCGGCCGCCCUGGCGCCACCACCACACGGAGCGCGUGCCGGGCCGGCUGCUGCCCUACCUGCCCUGCAGCCAGGACUUCUUCACGCUGGCGCCCGGCACGCCGCUGUGGGCCAUCCGGCCCCUGCACUACGGCCGGGAGAUCGUGCGCUUCACCGUCUACUGCCGCCACCACAGCUAUGCCGACAUCCUCAGGUUCUACCAGCUGAUCCUCAGGCGCAGCCCCAGCCAAAGCAAGGCGGACUUCUGCAUCUUCCCCGUUUUCUCCAGCCCGGACGUGGACAUCCAGUUCUCCCUCAAGAGGCUGCCCUGCGACCAGCACCCCGUGCCCACCGACAGCUCGGUGCUGGAGUUCCGAGUCCGGGACCUCGGCGAGCUCGUGCCCCUCCUGCCCAACCCCUGCAGCCCCAUCAGCGAGGGCCGCUGGCAGACGGAGGACCACGAUGGGAACAAGGUCCUCCUGCAGGCACAAAGGGUACACAGGAAGCUUCCUAAACCCAGCGGAGCUCACCACUCCUCGGAGCAGAAGCCGCACUCCACGUCUUCCCCGAGCCACACCGCACCGAGCCGUACUCCUGGCAGCGGCCGGCAGCCCCGACUGGACAGUCCAUGCCUGGGGCCCAGCCAGGCGAUCCUGCUAGCUGGGCACCAGCAGGAAUUUGCCACACGAGCCAGCAGCCAUCCCCGCCUUCCCUGGUCUUUCCCGAGAAGCAGGUCCUUGUUUUGUUUGCCCACAGAAGACCCCGGCCCAGCCUCCUCGGCUGCACCGCAGUGCUUUUCAAACACAGGUGCCCCGGGGCACCAGCCAUCGGAGCGGAGACACGGCCACCUCCUCUCCAUUGAUGACCUAGAGGGGUCCCAGGAGACAGAUGUGGACACAGGCCUGCGGCUGUCCUCCUCGGACCUGUCUGUGGUCUCUGCGUAUUCUGCGCCCAGUAGAUUCUUUAGCGCCUUGGAGGCACCCUUCCCCUCCGAAAGAUGGGGCAGCCACCGCUCCAAGCACAAAGGUUCCAGAGAAGGACCACUGCCCACUGGGAGCGCGGUGACCACGGAGACCUCCUGGGCUUCCCUCCCUCUCUUCACGGAAGGGCCUUCCUGCUCCUUGGCCACAGCGGUUGCUGUUCCCCCGGCUUCUGGUGCCACCACCCUCCCAGAGCCAUCCUCCACGCUCCCUGGCGAUGCUCCCUGCGCCCAGCAAACUGGCAGACGCGUCACUCCAUCCCCGGCACUGGCUGGGCCCGGGGACAGUGACACAGAGGAAUUCUAUAUCUGA